UAUUAAAUAUGAAAUAAGAAUCGUUAUUUAUUUAGCCCUCCUUUGACUUUUGAACUCAUUUUCUUUUCAAAAUCUUCUCUUCUUUUCAUUUCUUCUUCAUCCAUUUCGUCAUCUACUUCAUCUGAUUCUUGUAAAUCUUCAUCAGCUUCUUUUUGGAGUUUGGAACUGAGUAGAUCCAUGAAAUUUUUCUCCCCAAUAGCGCCACUUGAAGGAGGAUUCAUACUAAAUAAUGCAUUAUUUUUAAUCUCCGGGGCAUCUUCUUCCUCUUCAUCAUCUGCUAAGGUUUGGCAAGGAGUCUGGGCCUCUAUUAAUUUAUUCUGGUCUUCGUCAGAUAGGGAGGGUUCUUUAAUGGUCUUCUCAUUCCAACUUACAGGGUCUGUGUCCAUAUCAACGUCUACUCUUCCAUCAUUAGCUUGAUGUUCAACUGCAGGAUCAGGCUCCAUUUUAUUAAAUUUAUUAUAUUAGAACUUUG